AAUAUUGACAUAAGUUAAAUUGAGACAUUUAUUUUGAAACUAAAAGAAAGUAUAGUACACUGUAAUAAUUUUUUUAUUAAUUUUUUUUGACUAAGGGAGUUUAAGUUGAGGUGAAUAUGGGUGGUACUCUGUAUUAUUAUUUACGGUAACAAAAAAAUUAAAGGUAUGCGGGGCUGGAGGGUUGAGCGUAAGAUCCCAUUCCCCAGCACACGUGUAGUUGGUUUGCAACACAAAGCAACACUUGCCCACCACCUUCCUUUCCUCCUCAAUCACCAAGGUUGCCUUGGCCUGCUGGGGGUUUUUCAAUUUUGAUUUUGAUUUUCAACCCAAAACCCAACCCUCCCUUCAUAAUUGCUGCGAUCAUCUUCAACAAUCAAUAUUCUACUUUCUCUCUCCUGCACAACUAGUCUUCAUCUGCGAGAUGGUGAACGAAAAUGAGAAAGACUCGAAGAAGCAGAAGAAGAAAGUACCUGAUUGGUUGAAUUCUUCACUCUGGUCUACGCCUCCUUUGUCUGCUGCUACCACCAUCACUCAAACUCAAGAUCUCUCUCCUCCACCCGUCGUCCGUCCUCCGUCGCCGGUUCGACCUCCAUCACCACCUCCUCCGCCGCCGGACUCCAACGGCACUUCCACUUCCUCUGCUUCUCCUUCUUUCCCCGAGGAGAUCUCUCGCCAUGCUCAGCUCUCACUCGAGCUGUCGAAGAAGGUCAUCAACAUCAGAGAAAUCAGGAGGUUAGCAUCCAUGGGUCUUCCUGAUGCCCCUGCCAUCCGCUCUACUGUGUGGAAGCUUCUAUUGGGGUAUUUGCCCAGUGAUCGAGCAAUGUGGCCCUCUGAAUUAGCCAACAAGAGGUCUCAAUACAACCAUUUCAAGGAUGACCUCUUGAUGUCUCCCUCAGUCAGAAAUUUCGAGGAAGCUGGAGAAGUCAUCAAUGCUGAUAAGGAUGAACUCAAAGGUGAAAGUCGUUGCGUACUCUCUAGAUCAGAAAUUGUUCAAGAUGAGCAUCCUCUUAGCCUUGGACAAUCCAGUCUCUGGAAUCAGUUUUUUCAGGACACAGAGAUCAUCGAGCAGAUUGAUCGGGAUGUGAAAAGAACUCACCCAGAUAUGCAAUUUUUCUCUGGGGAUACGAUUUCUGCAAAAUUAAAUCAGGAGGCUCUGAGGAACAUUUUGAUUGUGUUCGCUAAGCUAAACCCCGGUAUAAGAUACGUACAAGGAAUGAAUGAGUUAUUGGCACCUCUCUUCUAUGUUUUUAGGAAUGAUCCAGAUGAGGAAAACUCUGCUGUUGCUGAAGCAGAUACAUUCUUUUGUUUUGUUGAGUUGCUUAGUGGAUUCAGGGAUAAUUUCUGUCAGCAACUUGAUAAUAGUGUUGUUGGAAUCCGUUCUACGAUCACAAAAUUGUCAAUGCUUUUAAAAGAACACGAUGAAGAACUUUGGCGUCACUUGGAGGUCACUUGUAAGGUUAAUCCCCAAUUUUAUGCAUUCAGAUGGAUAACUCUUCUUUUGACUCAAGAAUUCAGCUUCACAGACAGCCUUCAUAUUUGGGACAUUCUAUUAAGUGAUCCUGAGGGGCCACAGGAAACAUUGCUAAGAAUCUGUUGUGCUAUGCUAAUUCUAAUCCGGAGACGGUUGCUUGCUGGUGAUUUUACUUCCAAUCUCAAGCUUUUGCAAAACUACCCCUCAACAAAUAUUAGUCACCUACUAUAUGUUGCAAACAAGUUAAGGGCCCAUCCAACUAGCUAGGUUCUUUUGUAUGACACUUCAGUUCCCUAUGAUUCUUUCUGUGUUUUUUUAUUAUUACUUCUGCACAUUGUAGAGUACCGUUUUUGUAUGUUUAGUUUAUCUUUUGUUAUAUGUAAAUGUCUGUUAAAAGCAUUGGUUGAACGCUGCCAUGUUUGUUUUCAAUAACUAUUUCAUUGUAUCCCCCUUCCCCGCCAAACCAAAGAACACAAUCCUGCUGUAUGUGGUUUGUUACCUUAAUUGUGGUGAUGUUGACAAUGUCCGUCAAAUUAAGGGGUUACAUAUUACAUUCUUUCUACUUUAACUAAUUUAUAUUACUCUUGCUACCUUUGAA